AGAACACUUAUGAAAUUACUUAUAAUCCGCUUUUUGACUUUCAACAUUUCCAUAGCAACGCGUCCUAGUUGUGUCAAAUAUAAAUAUAAAAGUUGCAGGAUCAAGUUUCAAAAUUUUGUAAGAAAAUUGGCAGUCAAAUGAUAUUUAUAGAUAAUCGUUAAAUUCAUUUAAACACUUUAUAUUUUGAAAUCAUGAAGGCGCUGGUCGACAUGUUAUCGACGUGUUAUCUUGCUAGAAUGUAACAACGAAUUCACAACAAACGACGAAUGUUAUCUCACACCGAGAAACCAGUCAAACCACUCUUUAUAGAUACAUCCGAGGAUACAUCAUACUUGGAACAUGAAUGUGAAAAUAUUGCUGUAAAUAAAAAUUUUUCAAAUGCAAAUGGUCGACAGAAACAAAUGUCUAAAGACUCUUUAAGUAUUCACACAAUUGAAAAUGAUAAAGUAUGUACUGGAUUUAAUGAAUUAGACAUUUUAGAUUCACAUACUGGUCCUCAUGUUCCUCCUGCAAGUGAAAGGUCAGAAGAGCUUGGUAAAUCUCAGAUAUCAAGUAGACCAAAUGCAAAAACAUCACAAAGAAGAAAGAGUGCAAAACGAAUGCAUGCGAAUUUGUCUGGUACUAAAUAUACUGUAGUUCAUGAGAUAUGUUUAUCAAUGGGGUUCAUUAUUGUCAAAGAAACAGAUCCCAACUGUUUCUUCAUUUGGAAUGACUCUUAUGUACCUGCUGAAAGAAUUGUUGAAUUAAAAUCAUACCAGAGAAUUAACCAUUUUCCUGGAAUGGGAGAAAUCUGUAGAAAAGAUGCUUUGGCUAGGAACAUGACUCGAAUGGAGAAAGCUUUUCCUGGAGAUUAUAAUUUUGUUCCACACACUUGGAUUUUUCCUGCUGAAUGUACACUAUUUACAAAUUAUUGUAGAGAUUUAAAAAAGAGGAGAAAAACUAGAACAUUUAUAGUUAAACCAGCUAAUGGUGCCAUGGGAAAUGGGAUAUAUUUAGUAAAAAAUGCUGACCGUAUUCGUACAAAUGAUCACAUUGUUGUGCAAGAAUAUAUUGACAAGCCAAUGCUUCUAGAUGGUUACAAAUUCGACCUUAGAAUUUAUGUUUUGGUGACCAGUUGUGAUCCAUUACGUAUUUUCCUUUAUGAUGAUGGUUUGGUCAGAUUGGGUACGGAAUGUUACGAGAAUCCUAACGACGACAAUUUGAGCGAUCUAUUUAUGCAUUUGACGAAUUAUUCAGUGAACAAACACAAUGAAAACUUUUCAAGAGACGAUGACACAAGUAAAGGAAGUAAAAGGUCUCUAGCAUUCCUCAAUCAGUGGUUAAGAAAGCACGAUUAUAAUGUCGCCGCUGUAUGGAGUAACAUCACGGAUAUCAUUAUAAAAACAUUGAUAGUCUCACAACCUCAUGUUCGUCACUCGUAUCGCUUAUGCCGUCCAGGAUCUGACUCCAGUAAUCCCAGUGUUUGCUUUGAGAUCUUAGGAUUUGAUGUUUUGUUGGAUCAAAAAAUAAAACCAUGGUUGUUAGAGGUAAAUCGUUCCCCAAGUUUUGGAACAGAUUCGAAACUUGAUUAUGACAUUAAAAGUGGAUUAAUUCGUGAUGCAAUGAAACUAUUGAAUAUAAGGCCAAGUGACAGAAAGCGUGGUAUCGCCGUGGCUAAAGAACAGAGUCGGAGAAGAUUAAUGUUGCAGCCACGAAGAAGUGAACUUGAAAUAUCGGAAGAUGCAGCAAGAAAAAUGACCUUAGAGAAAAGAAUAGUGCAACUGAAGGAACAACUUUUCCGCAUUCGUACUGAUGCAGCUAAAGAAGAUUAUGAAUUUAGAAACUCGGGUCACUAUAGGAGAAUAUAUCCACCUCGUGAUAAAGAAAAAUUACAAUCUUACCUCAACUUACUUGAUGGAGCAUUGAAACUAUUUUCUACAGGAAAAACAUCGACAGUUAAUCAAAAGAAAUCCUAUUCUCCAUUCAGCACAUUAAAGGAAGAAGAUAUAUUGGAUCUCUUAGAACAAUGUGAAGCUGACGAACUCGCGUUCUUGGAAAAUGAUCAACCAUCUAUGAAAGGGCCAAAGCCAUUGUCAUCAAUGCCCUGCGCCAAACCUAGUGAUGUCAAUUAUGACUCAGCAGAUGACGAAGAGGAGGACUAUAAUAAUUUCUCUCAGUCCCACUUACGCCCAAACAUGAACAAUUUACGCGAUGAUUCAAAACAAAGCAAGCCAUUAAGACCAGCUACAGCCUGUCAUUUUCAAAAAAGACCUUCAUCGGCCACUUCAUCUUCCACUUCACUGAGAAGAUCAAGAAUAUCAAGAUCUUCAAUAAACCUGAGCAGAUGUCGUCCAGGCUCACAAAAUGCGGAAAAAGACGAGGAGUUAACACGACGAACUUUGAUGUUACUUGGCGAAAUGAACAUAAAAUUUCCAGGAAAGACAGAGGAAGAAGCUGUGCUUAUCAUAAACCAUAUAAAUGAAAAUUGGAAGUACCACAAGGAAAGAGUUGCGAAUUAUUGGUUAGUGAAGUUGGACUUCUCAAAGAGACGAAAGGUGAUUGAUAUCGUCAAAGGAAAUGUUAGGUCGAUCUUGCAAAGAGUUUGGGGAGUUAGUGAUCUGGAUAAAUUAAAACUGUCAAGAUUGUUUACAAAAAUAUUUAAUAGAAUGUUAUGGAGUCAUGGACAGGGAUUAUGGAAUUGCUUCUCAGUGUUUCCUGAUUCUUGGGAGACCAUGUUUAUUAAAAGUACAGAUACCCUUGCUCCUCUAGAAAUGUCUUGCUGUCGUCGAGUUGUUUCAUUAUGUAAAGAAUGUCUUCUUGUGGUCUAUGUUUUUGCGGCAACAUAAAUUCAACAUAUCGCAAUGGUAAUCCAAACUCAAGUUAUGUGACAAGAAGUGGACAGAAUUCGUAAAGCUAAUUAUGCAGAUGUGUAAUGUCCAAAAGUGAUCAGGCCUCUAAAUCAAAUGAAGUUAUUUGAAGGUGCUACCAAUAUUACCUCCGCCAGAAGGUUAUGUUUUCUCCCCUGUUCGUAAUUGUUUUGUUUUUUUGUAUCGCGAACAGAAUAUGUCAAAAAGUAGUGUAGAGGUUCCCACAAAAUUACGACAUGUUGAAGGAUUACACAUGCCCAGUUUUGGCAGUUGAUGGACCUUCUAGGAUUUUAAAAUUUUGGUGUAAGUUUAACCACAAUGUGGUUUGCUAACUCAUUAAUAUAGUGAGAACGUAAUCGACUGACGGAGGUGUGGAGUGUCCUCUACUAGUCUAGACUGACUGUAUAGUUAAAAUAUAAACUCGCACAGCUCACACACAGUUCUGAUGAUCUCGGCUUUCACCGUACUAGAUCAGUUACUAACAUUUAUAUCCUCCAAACAAGAUAGUCUUUGGAGGGAGUCUCCCUAAUCUAAUCGUAAAUGCGAACAAUGGCAACAAUCUUUAUGUAAAUAUUGUAUCAAAGGUAGUUUAAUAACUAAUUUAUACAUUAGGGAGUAUUUAUUUAAUCUGCGGAUGAUGUAGUAUUUUCUAUUCACGACCUUGAAUUCAAAAUG